AUGGAGCGGAGGAAUUCAUUAAACUUAGAAGCAGGCACCGAAAUUUUCUCUGGAGGAAGAACACCGAGGAACAGUGCGGGAAGCUUCAGUAAAAUGGCAACUAGAUCUGGAGGAACAGGUACUAGCUUUCAGAAAAGGGUUGAAGCGAAAUCUGUGUCUGAUGAAAACUGCCUGUCAGAGUCAUCAAGAAGAAUUCAGCAAUCAAUAUCAUUUGGAAACAAGAUAGUGACAUUAGACGGGUGCUUGUUAUUCUCUGUGCUCCUUGAAGAUGACAAAGUGAUUUAUAGUCGGAACAAGUUUUUUAGGAACAACAAAAGAACAGAAAACGAAAAGGAGUCAAGGACAAAAGAUGAUAUAUGCAGUGCAAGCAAAAGAGAAGAAAUGAAAUUUAUAUUGGACAACUGGGCAAUAAAAGUUAAGAAUAUCACUAAUGAUACACAUUCGGCGCUGCUGGAAUAUUCCAGAAUCAUGUAUGAAGAUGGAAAUGAACAACAAGGUGGAAUUUCAUUGGGUAGCGAACUGCCAUCAGCUGAGAGAACAAUAAGCAGUGGAUUGAAACGUGGAGUUCUACAAAAAUUAGAAGAGAUGGGAUUAUCAACAAAUGCAACAGAGAAGGAUGAAUGCGAACAUACCGAUGAGACUGUUCCUGAAGAGCUGGACUGCCCAACGCCAUUGCUCAUAGUAACACCAGCAGUAGAACAAGGAAUUAUAUGCCUUCGAGAUGAUGACACAGAAAAAUCUGAUGCUAAUAGUAUAAUUGUCAACGACAUAAAAGUGGUAAUCCAGUAUAUAAAUAGAAAUUCAAGAUUCGGAGUGUCUCCGUUUGCAAUAGGGAUGACACACCCAGAUGCGCCAUUGGAAGCUCAACUGGCGUCACAAAUAGCACUAUGCCAUAUGAAUGAUGAAGACACAGCAAGAUGGGAUGAAAAAAGGUGGAGACAUUUCCUACCGACUGAUUUUGCGGUUUGGGGACUGAAGAAAGCUAGAGGCGAGCCGACAUUACUAGUUAAGGACAUGUUAUUGGGUGAACACAUAUCAUACAACGUCGAAGACUGCAGGCUUGUCAUGGCGCCAAUACUUGUGGAGUGGCAUUGGUACCUUUAUAUAUGGGAUUUCAAGAGGAAGAAGGUAGUGGUGCUAGAUCCAAAAAACAUGAAACUAGGAAAUUCAGUAUUGGAGGAUAAGCACAAAGGCUACAUUUUGCUACUCAAUUCUUGUAUGAAUGAGUGCUGGAGAAAUCUGACAAAUAGCAAUAACAACAAUAUUGAUAAUUGGGACACUGAAUACAUUGAUGUCAUCGGGGGAGAAACAAACAGAUACUUCGAUGGGGAAGUCUUGACAAGGGUGUUGACUAAGGAGGCCACCCAACUGCAAAGGAUGAACCUAAUGUACCAGCUACUGAAGAUGGAUGGCAACAUUGGCAAUCCACCGUCAUCAAUAAGGAAUGCAAUGUACCAUUGCGAAUAG